UGCUUGCUUUAUCCACCACUCUCUCAACUCUUUUCGAUCCCCUUCUUUAUCUUCUCUGCACAGUGCUCUCUCUUUCUUCUUUCCCUUUGUUCUCUCUGUCAAUGGAUUUGUCUUCAGCUUCUUUGGACUCCAGUUGGUGGGUGUUUACACUCCCAGCUAUGUUGCAGACCCAAAACCUGUUAAAUCCUUUGUUCUUGUGGUUUGUUUUUAUGUCUUUCUUGGUUAUUACCCUUUCAACUUGGGCAUUUUCCAACGGUGGCCUUGCCUGGAAAAAUGGUAGGAGCCAAAUGGGUUGUGUUUCGAUCCCGGGUCCUCGAGGCCUUCCCUUCUUUGGUAGUUUGUUCAGUUUGAGCCAUGGCUUGGCUCACCGUACUCUUGCUUGCAUGGCUUCAAGACUUUCCGCCACCCAGCUUAUGGCUUUCAGCUUAGGGUCUACGCCUGCCAUUGUCAGUUCUGAUCCUCAAAUUGCUCGUGAAAUCUUGACUUCUCCUCACUUCGCAGAUCGUCCCAUCAAACAGUCCGCUAAGAGCCUUAUGUUUAGCCGAGCCAUUGGGUUCGCGCCAAAUGGGGCUUACUGGCGGCUGCUGAGAAGAAUUGCUUCAACUCAUUUGUUUGCACCCAAGCGCAUGGCAGCUCAUGAGCCUUGGCGCCAGCUAGAUUGUGCUGCUAUGAUACGUGAUAUUCAUAAUGAACAGUCCCUCAAUGGAGCUGUUCAUCUGCUUAAACACCUUCAAAAUUCUUCUCUUAAUAACAUUAUGGGGACUGUUUUCGGCAAAAGAUAUGAUUUCACAAAAUAUAACGAGGAGGCUAAAGAAUUGCAAGAACUUGUUAGGGAAGGGUUCGAGCUCUUGGGUGCUUUUAACUGGUCUGAUUAUCUUCCAUGGCUAAACUACUUCUACGACCCUUUUCACAUCAAAGAAAGAUGCCUAGCACUUGUUCCUCGGGUGAAGAAACUCGUAAAGAAGAUUAUAGAAGAACAUGAUCAAAGUAAAAUGCCUAAAAAGCUCAUUGAUAACUCUGAUUUUGUUGAUGUCUUGCUUUCUUUGGAAGGAGAUGAGAAACUUGAAGAGGAUGAUAUGGUGGCUGUUCUAUGGGAAAUGAUCUUUCGAGGCACUGAUACUACUGCACUUCUAACUCAGUGGGUGAUGGCGGAGUUGGUUUUGAACCCUGAAAUUCAAGCCAAGCUUAGGAAUGAGCUCGAUUUCGUUGUAGGAGACGGGAGCGUCACAGAUGCUGACAUCCCUAAAUUACCCUACCUUCAGGCACUAGUCAAGGAAACCCUACGUGUGCACCCUCCAGGGCCCCUCCUAUCAUGGGCCCGAUUGUCUUCGUCUGAUGUCCACCUCAGCAAUGGCAUGGUCAUCCCUAGUAACACAAUUGCAAUGGUCAACAUGUGGGCCAUAACCCAUGACCCGAUAGUUUGGGAUGACGCAUUGGUGUUCAAGCCGGAAAGGUUCUUGAAGAGUCUAGGUGGUUCAGACGUGGAUGUGAGAGGUGGUGACCUCAGGCUUGCACCAUUUGGUGCAGGGCGUAGGGUUUGUCCUGGCAAAAACCUAGGGCUUGUGACAGUGAACCUCUGGGUGGCUAAGUUGGUGCAGCAUUUUGAAUGGGUUGAGGACGCUGCCAACCCAGUUGACCUCAGUGAGGUGUUGAGGCUGUCUUGUGAAAUGAAGAAUCCUCUCUCUGCCGUGGCUGUCCCCAGAAAUGGAGUUAAGCUUUUCUAGGGUUUACGCUUUGAUCCAAGAAUUGAGCUGGUACAUGGCAAAAUAAAAAAAGAUAAUUUGGGAUGAAUAUUAUAUACUAUGGUUGUGAAAAUUAGAAUGUCGGUGAAAUGGGUGGCAUAGUAAUUAAUGGUGUUUGGAUGUUAAUUAAAUAAGUUGUUGAAUUAGUCUGGUCUUUCACUUUUGUUUUUAGAAGAGAGUGUGUGUCUUAUAUUGUAAGAAAAAAGUUUGACUAUGUUUGAAAGAAAGUUCCUAAUUAUUAUUA